AUGUCGGACAACGUUGUUAAUACAAGAUCCUUCGAUCUCGGCGACCUGAAAAGCCAGCUUCCCCGUAUGUGUGGCACAGUAGAUGGCAAGUACUUCAAAGUUUCUGGCGAUGACCACGUUGAGUCGCAGGAAGAAACUUCCGAAAAAGAAUUGAGGCGAACUUUACGCAACACAUCCAAAUAUCGGUUGAUUCUAGAUGGAUGUGGCGGGGCGGGGGUUGCUUGUUUCGGGAACGGCAAAACUGUUAAGGGCGAUGAGGUCUUCAAGGCCAUGGCAGAUCAGUACCUCAUCGCCCCGUACGCUGCACACGGGUUAUUCUCGACGAAGACCAACAACGAUCUGGGAAAGCUUCUAGUCCAUGGUGCCAACCGGGGUAUCAAGAAAGGGUUCGAGGACGAGCUCAUGUCAAACAGCAUGCUUCUCUGUUCUGGAUCCGAAGCCACGGAAGCUGCGAUUAAAUUGGUAUGGCAGUACUGGACUGACAAAGAGAAGACUAGCAAAGAGAAGGCUGAGAAUGAAAAGAGUGGCAAGACUACUCACAAGACCAGAGCUAAAAAGAGAAAAAUAAUUUCUAAGCAGCUUUCUUACCACGGAAACACGACUGGAGCUCUCUCCAUCAGCGACUUCGCAGAACGCCAGAAAAGAUUUCAUGGCCUGCUAUACCCGAGUGAAGAUCGAUAUAUAUUGCGAGAUGGAGAAUAUCAGCUGGACGAUGAGCAGAUCCGGGUCUACAAGGCUAAGCCUUACUAUCCUUAUCGAUAUAAGGGUAAGAGAUCGGAAGAAGAAUAUGCCAAAAACGAGGUCGCUGAGUUAGAGACAUUGAUAAUUGCUCUCGAUCCAGAGACCGUUAGUGCAUUCUUCCUUGAACCUGUUACAGGUGCAGCACUUGGCUGUCAGCCUUUGCACAGAGAAUACCUCCGAGGAGUCAAGCGUUUGUGCCGGAAAUAUGACAUACUGCUCGUCUAUGAUGAGGUGAUGUGUGGUCUAGGUCGAACAGGAUACUUGCACUCCUGGCACUAUUACGAAGGGACCCUCCUAGAAGGAAAGGGAGUUGCCAAGCUGAGGCCCAGACCAGAAUACGUAUUCGAUGUGGAGAAAAGCAGGAACCUCGACCAGAUUGAAGUUGAAAACUUCGCCCCUGAUAUCCAGAUGGUUGGGAAAUGCUUGGGCGCUGGAUUCGUCGCAGCAGCUGGCGUCAUGGCGAAUGAGCGGGUGUCAGACGGUCUUAAAGAUUUCUUUUCACAUGGCCAGACAUAUCAAGCUCAUGCGUUGACCAGUGCCGCAGCACUUAAUGUACAGCAAAAGGUGACAGAUAUGAUCCUCAACCCGAGCCCAGGCUCAGGGAAUGACAUUCAGAAAAGAGGCAAACAGCUCGAGGAUCUACUCAAGUCCAGAUUCAAGGAACACAACUAUGUCGGCGACAUUCGUGGCCGGGGACUCUUCUGGGGAAUUGAGAUUGUCAAGAACAAGAAUACCACGGAGCCAUUUCACACGAUAUGGAGAAUUUCUCACAAAAUCGCCGAAUUCGGCCAGCAAACAGAUUUCACAUCUCCUGUCAGAAACUCGGUGUCCAGUGGUGUUCAGUUCUAUCCAGGUCGAUGGGAUUUGGAUCCGAGCAGCGCUUCCGGAGAUGUGACGUCCGGUGAUCAUAUCAUGAUCAUGCCUUCAUUCACUUCCACAGAGUACGACAUUAUUGAGCUCGUAGACAAGCUUGAGGAAGUCCUGAAAAGAUUUGAGUGGAAGAAAUAUCUCGGAAACCCGCCGCUCAGUAUGUAA